CACUCCGGGUGUGGCGGCCCGAGCGCCGGGGGCGGCGCCACGGCGGGCGGGGCGGCCGGGGAGCCCCUGUGUGGCCUUGGCCAUGAAGCAGCAGCCGCCGGGCUAGGCCCGGGGCGGCUCCAGGCCUGGGCGGCCCGCAGAGGGCUGAGCCGGUCCCGGGCUCCGGUUCCGGGCUCCGGUUCCCCGGGCUCCGGUUCCCGGGGCGGAGGGUGACCACUCACCAUGCCCGGCAAGCACCAGCAUUUCCAGGACCCUGAAGUCGGCUGCUGCGGGAAAUACUUCCUGUUUGGCUUCAACAUUGUCUUCUGGGUGCUGGGAGCCCUGUUCCUGGCCAUUGGCCUCUGGGCCUGGGGUGAGAAGGGUGUCCUCUCCAACAUCUCAGCGCUGACAGAUCUAGGCGGUCUUGACCCUGUGUGGCUGUUUGUGGUGGUUGGGGGUGUCAUGUCGGUGCUGGGCUUUGCCGGCUGCAUUGGGGCCCUCCGGGAAAACACCUUCCUGCUCAAGUUUUUCUCUGUGUUCCUCGGCCUCAUCUUCUUCCUGGAGCUGGCGGCAGGGAUCCUGGCCUUUGUCUUCAAAGACUGGAUUCGAGACCAGCUCAAUCUCUUCAUCAACAGCAAUGUCAAAGCCUACCGGGAUGAUAUUGACCUUCAGAACCUUAUCGACUUUGCUCAGGAAUAUUGGUCUUGCUGUGGUGCCCGAGGGCCCAAUGACUGGAACCUUAAUAUCUACUUCAACUGCACUGACUUGAACCCCAGUCGUGAGCGCUGUGGGGUGCCAUUUUCCUGCUGUGUUAGGGACCCUGCGGAAGAUGUCCUCAAUACCCAGUGUGGCUAUGACAUCCGACUCAAGCUGGAGCUGGAGCAGCAGGGCUCCAUCUACACCAAAGGCUGUGUGGGCCAGUUUGAGAAGUGGCUGCAAGAUAAUCUGAUUGUGGUGGCCGGGGUCUUGGUGGGCAUCGCCCUCCUGCAGAUAUUUGGCAUCUGCUUGGCCCAGAGUCUCGUGAGUGACAUCAAGGCAGUGAAGGCCAACUGGGUCACCCAUGGUGAUGGCUACAAACUACUCAAUAAACAACACUUUGAAAAACCGUGGCUCAUACUCACCGUCUUCGAAAGUUCUGUUGGCAGCUCAGCCCCGGAGUUCCCCAGUGAGGGCCCUGGCCUGAACCCAAUCGCCUAACAAGGUCUCCAGGUCUGGGUAACUUAGCACCU